AUGGUGUGUUUGAUGUUUACUCCUGUGAUUCCUUAUUGGAGGCAGAGAGCAAUUUUAAAAUUUCAAAAUGUUCUACGAGAAGUUGCUCAAAUUGCACAAGAUAAACUAAAUGUUUCAUGUGAAGUAAUUUAUCUUGUUACAAUUUUACCAUGGGACAAAGAAACAGUUGCUGAAGAAGAAUGUUUUCUUAAUCUAGAAGCGCCCAUACAAAGGGUUACUGGUUACGACACACCUUUUUCUCAUGUAUUUGAACCAUUUUACAUUCCAACAAAAUGGAGAUGCUUUGAAGCUAUAAAAAAGAUAAUCAAUUAUUGAUUUAAUUUUUAAUGUAAAAUACAAAAAUUAUGAUGUAAAUAAAAGUGAUCAUAGAUUAAAGAUAUAUCUUCAUAAAAAGUAAUUUCAGAAAAUUUAGUAUUUCUAGUUUUCUGGUUUUAUUCAUUUGAAUAAUCAUCUUACCAUCAUUAAUUAAUAAUAAAUAUUAAUUAUACUUGUGAAUUAUAAAAGGGACUUAAUUUUCUCUAUAAGCUUCAGAUAUACAAAUCAUAACUAUUCAUCAUGAAAUAAGUGAAUGGAUGAUCUGUUAAUAAUUAAAUUAUUAAAGUGUAAGCUAUUUGACCAUUAAAAGAAAGAAAUCAGUUCAAAAAAGUUUAUUUUCAGAUGACACCCAAAUCCUAUAAUCUUUCAAUAACAGGUCAAAUACUCUAUUCUAAUCAUCCAGCUAUAUCUUUUUCUCAGUUUAAUCUUGAAAAUAUGAACCAUGUUUUAUGAUUAUGUAAAGCUUGAUUUCUUAAACAGAUAAUAUAUAAAGGAUUUACUUUUAAAGAAUUAUGAAUUUAUUUGUUUAUACUUAAUUAUUUAUAUGAAUUGUAAUUUUGAACAUUAUAGAAUUACUGUAACAGAUUUGGAAAAUAAUACUAUUGUAUAUAAAAGUUUAAGAAUUAUUAAUUUUUGUGGUAAGUACAGAUUAUAUA